AUGAGUACCAACAGCGAUUUCACCAUCGAAGGAGCGCGACGCAGUCGCAUCUUAGAUAGCACGCGCCUCGGAUACUUGCCCGGCAUUAAGCAGGAUCGCUUUGACAAAAGCCUUGGGCGAUUGCUGUCCUCCUUGCAGCGAUUGGCUGCUGGGAGCGACAAAAAAGCGAACGAUAUUGGUACGCAUUCGAUCCGAAAAGGCUCGGCAACAUUUGUGUCGUCGGACAGCACCGGUGGCCCGUCCAUUGUCAGUGUAUGUUUGCGGUGCGGUGUGGUUGGUCCUUGGGCAAUGUUAUGGAGCGUUAUUUUCGGUACGAAGCCGCUGGCGAUCAAUUUACUGGUCGUGUUGUUUGCGGGCUCCCAAUAA